AUUGUAUAAUUUAAUUCACAAUAUGUAUCAAAAUAACGCAUGAGUUUUGUAGCAAGAUCUAUGCAGCCCUUUAUAAAUGAAAUAUAUUGUCUAUGACUAUGAACAGCCAAUCGGAGUCGUUCAAGCAGUGGCUAGAUGUAUUUGUUUCCUUUCAUUGUCCUUUUCUUCGCCCGGCGCCGGCCAUUGCUUACUACUCUGAAGAAUCUUAGAAAAAUAUAUUUUUUGCUUUACUCUUUAUUUAAAGUAUCCCUUUUGAAGACAAACAAAGCCAUGGACGACGAAUGGGACGAUACUGGAGCCGUGGUGGCGAUACCGCCUGCAGCCACUAAUAGUUAUAACAACUAUGGUUCCAAUGAUGUGGAUGAGGGUCACAGCUUAUCUAAGGGAAGAGGAUUUACAUCCUUCCAGAAUGAAGAAGAUAAUGACUUCAAAUCAAAUGGGUUUGGCGACAGGCGCGGAAGAGGCGGGCGGGGAGGCCGCGGGGGACGCGGUGGGCGGGGCGGCCGCGGCGGCGGCGGCAGCUGGGAGUCCCGCGACCGAGACAAUGAUGAAGAUAAUAAUGGUGGCGACGACUAUAACGACGGCGACAGAGAACGCGGCGAGCGCGGGCGAGGCCGCGGCCGCGGGCGCGGCGGGCGAGGCCGUGGCGGCUUCGGCGACCGAGGGGAGCGCGACGGCGACGCCGGCGCCGACCAGGAGCCCGAGCUCGACGAGAACGGCGAACCAAAGAAGCCGCCCGUCACCUACGUGCCGCCCGAGCCCACGGAGAAUGAGGAUGAGAUCUUUGGCAGCGGAAUUAGCUCAGGGAUCAACUUCGACAAGUUUGACAACAUCGCUGUUAAAGUAAGUGGUGAAAAUCCACCACGAAAUAUUGACAGUUUUGAAACUGCAAACUUCAGAAAGUAUGUCUUGGACAACAUUCUAAAAUCAGGCUACAAGAAGCCUACACCAAUACAAAAACACGCUAUACCGAUCAUUAUGGGUGGCCGAGAUUUGAUGGGAUGCGCCCAGACCGGGUCUGGAAAAACAGCUGCUUUCCUUCUUCCUAUUAUAAAUACACUGCUUCAAGACACGCGUGAGUUGGUCGUUGGCCCUAGCGGCUGUGCUGAACCACAGGUUGUGAUAAUGUCACCUACUCGUGAAUUGACAUUACAAAUUUUUAAUGAGGCGAGAAAGUUCUCACAUGGUUCAGUCUUAAAAAUAGCCGUCGCUUAUGGAGGAGUAGCUGUGAGACAUCAAGGAGACAACAUUUCUAGAGGAUGUCACAUUCUCGUCGCGACACCAGGUCGUCUGCACGAUUUCGUUGAUCGCAAUCGUGUAUCGUUUGGCAGCAUCCGGUUCGUCGUGCUGGACGAGGCUGACCGUAUGCUGGACAUGGGCUUCAUGCCCAGCGUCGAGAAAAUGAUGGAACAUCCCACUAUGGUUCCAAUGGGCGAACGUCAAACGCUUAUGUUCUCCGCAACCUUCCCAGAGGACAUCCAAAAUUUGGCUAUGAAAUUUUUAAACAACUAUUUAUUCGUGGCUGUCGGUAUAGUGGGUGGUGCAAGCGCGGACGUCGAACAAAUAUUUCAUCAGGUCACAAAGUAUGAAAAGCAGAAUACUUUAAAGAAACUGAUUGAAGAAAAUGAUAAGAAGCGCAUCCUCGUGUUCGUGGAGACGAAGCGCAACGCGGACUUCAUCGCGUCGCUGUUGUCGGAGCAGCAGAUGCUGACGUCGUCCAUCCACGGCGACCGCAUGCAGCGCGAGCGCGAGCUGGCGCUGCAGAACUUCAAGAGCGGCGCGCACUGCAUCCUCGUCGCCACCGCCGUGGCCGCGCGCGGCUUAGAUAUCAAGAACGUCGACAUCGUCGUAAAUUAUGAUCUGCCCAAGAGCAUAGACGAGUACGUCCACAGAAUUGGGCGCACAGGCCGUGUUGGAAACCGUGGCAAAGCAGUUUCCUUUUUUGAUGCAGACCAAGAUGCAGGGUUAGUCGCGGACUUGGGCAAAAUACUACGGCAAGCCGACCAGCCCAUUCCAGACUUCCUGCAGGGCGGCGGCACCGCCACGUAUCGGGGCAACAAAUAUGGCGGCAGCGACGUCCGAAACUUUAACAACGCGAGUGCUGCUGUGUCGCAAGGCGAAGAACCCGAGGAGGAGUGGUAAAUAAAAUUAUUGAGUGUUAGGUUUAUAAAAACAAGACUUUUGAAAUUCGCCCAUGUGAUGGAACAAGUGAAUUCUUUGAUUUGUUGGUGCUUGUGACGCUGUGAAAGUUUUAAGUGACUACAAGAAUAAAGAUAUACCGACACCAUAACUCUUAAGCCUGUUAGGAGUUGGUUGUACAAAUAACACUUAUAAAUUAUAAGAAAGUUUAGCCCAUAGAUUUAUACUGUCAUGACUACAAGACUGCAACUUAUAUUGACAAGUAUUUUAGAUAUAAGCACCUAAUCGUAAGAACUAAUAACUCCUGCAUCCAUAGAACAUACUUAAAACAUUUCUUUAAUAUUCACAUUUGUAAUAUCACAUGGAUCAUAAUUUUGUUGUGUUUUAGUGUUAACAUUUCGUUAUUUUUAUGGUAGCAUUUCAUAUAGUUAGGCCUGCAUAUUAUGUUUUUUUUUUGUUUUCUUCCUUACCAUAAAACGAAUUAGUUAUUUUAUCCCCAGCAAUUCUGUGAUGUUAUUAUUAAAGUUGCUCAGUUUAAAUUUUAAUAUUAGUUGCAUUAGUACAUAGAUUUAUCCUUAUUUUGUGAAGUACAAUGAACAUGAGAUAUGUGGACAUGAUCGUAGAGUAUCAUACUGGCCUGUGCGAAGGCAAUUACUCAUACUUUAGUUGCUAAGGUGCAUAGUUAUGAUCAGACCAUACUCUCACGCCUUACGUGCACCGACGUUUUUCAAUAGGUAUUGAGUAACAAUGUUGGCCGAAACGUUAAUGCAAUUCAAUAUUAUUGGCCGUUAACCAUCAUAAACUGAACCGUAAACUGUAACCGUUCGUUACGGUUACGGUUCAAUUUAUAGUGGUUAAAUGCAAUUAACGUUCGGUCAACACUUGAGUAACGUCGAUUGGAUUCUACAUAUUCAGGUGAAUAUGUGGAAUCUUACAAGAUAUUUUACAUACUAAAUAAUGAGUAAUUAUUUAACAAGGGGCCCAUUUCUCGAACGGUAUCAGUCUAAUAUUAGUAGUUUGUUACCAUGGUAACCCAUAUGAUUAGACAGUUCGUGGACUAAUAAUAAUAGUCCAAUACCGUUUGAGAAAUGGGCCCCAGGAGUUUACCUCUACUACUACUACAUAUCAAAUGGCAGGCUACUAUUUGACUUAAUUGCUUGUUGGGUUUGACCCUAAUGAUGUUUUUGUGUCAAAAAGUAAUGUAAGAAUCAUUGAACUAUUAUUACUACGUGUAGAACCGGCACAGAGAACCAGUAUUUUGCGCCAUGAGUAGUUGUUGUUUUGACAAAAAAGCAUAAAAGCAGAGCUUGAAUCUCGCGACCUAAACGCGUAAGCGCCAUGAAUUUUAACGGCGCUUACAACGUUUUGGUUGCCUGGUAUAGGUUCCGAUUGCGACAAUUUAAUUGUUUCGUAUGGCUUCUCUAUAGUAAUAAUAACUCAAUGGUUAGAAUCUCACCAUGUACAAAAUCUGUAGAUGUUGAAAUCAAUGUCAAGUUAAUGUUAGGAUGUUUGUAAUCUGUGAUGAUUAAAAAUAAGUGUAAGGUUUUGGACCUUCGUCAUCGGCCAUGGUUUGUAACAGUGCAAAUAGUUAUUAUUAUAUAGUUCAGACUUGCCAAUAAGGCAAUUAAAUAUUACGAAUUUAACUUCACUUAUCUUGAUUGACUUCGGAAUUCCAAAUUUUUCACGUAUAAAUGUUCUUCGAUUUAAAUUGUUAUAUUUUGUACUCAGUUUGUUAAGUACCAGUUUUUUGUUUAAAGUGAGAAGUAAUAAAUAUGUCUUACGAUUUA